UACCUCAAAGCACGGUAAUAUGUUGAAGAUGAUACUUGGUCCAUGAUAAAUGAAAUAUUUCACUUUGCAAUCAUGAAAAGAGUUAAUCAAAGUUAAAUUUAUCAUGAAGAAUAUGAUUAAUCAUGUCACAAGAUCAAAAGCUCUCCCCCUUUAUAAAUUCACACCCCCUCAAGAAAUUUGAUUUCCUUUUCCUUUGCCCCUUUGACCAUGCUUUCAUGAUAACAUCUACUGUUUACAGCUACAUGAAAUCAAGUUACAUCGUUUCUUUUUCUUAUUUGUGAUUAUUCCUUUAAUUGUGAUCAAACUAUCAAUAUGCGUAAAUCAACAACAAUAAAUGGCUUCAAACAGUUAACAACUGCUAGCAACAAGUCAUCAACCGUGUCACUAAAUACAAAAAAAAUUCCAAAAAGUAAAAAAGUGCCCUCAGGACAACCAUAUCUACUUGACUUUCUGAAAAAGAAUAAUCAUGAAACAUCAAUCACCAUGUCAGCCAGCUCUAAUGAUCCAGGGCCAUUGGCAAAAAGUUUACCGAAUGAAGCUGAUGAAGAUUCCUUUUUCCUGCUUUUGUUGGCCGUGAAAAAAGAUCUUGGUAAUCUCAAACCCGUUUUGUUACAUGUGCAUGGAAAGGAUAUUCCAAAGAAGAAAGCUAAUGAAAUUACUGUUAUUGUUCGAUUCAGAUUGAAUAAUGAAUCUUUCAUCGGUAGAAUCAUGAUGAUUUCACGUAUUCGUGUUGCGUUAGAAGAAGCGAUUCCAAGAGCUCUUGACACGGUUAAGAAAUCUAAAAGAAAUUUAACUUUCGAGGCAACAAUAUUCGCGAUAACUCGACAUACUUAUCUGUUUCCAGCUGAGCCUAAAGAUACAAGAACUAUGUUUCUUGCUUCAUUGUUCAUUGACAAGGAUCAAAAUGAAAGUACGCCACAAGAUUACAUGAUAAAUGAAGGUGCAUCUUCUUCUACACACGUACAACAAGAUGAAAAUGAUAGUGAUGCUACAGUUAUUUCUGAAGAAACUGUACUAGAAUUAUCAAAUGAUUCGAGUUCAUGUGAGCAUGAAGAAAAGGGUCCGGUUAAAAAGGUGAAACGUCGUAAGAUCAGUUACUCCGAUAAGAAGUUGAUUGCGAAGAUGAUGGACAAGAAAGGUAAUGAUAACAUGAAAGCCAAUACUGAGAUCACAUAUGCCCUUGAUAAACUUGAAGAGAUGAUACCUACACUUUCCCCUACUUCAGCACUGACACCAAUAAUCAAGAACUUGUUCAUUUUAACAAAGAACAUCAACUUCAAACUGAAUGAGAGAGACAACGUCAAUGAAACUAAGUUUCCUUUGACUAGAAACAUAAGCACGACAAAGGUUAAAGGAAAGGACGAGGUUAAAAUUGGUGGAAGGAUAAUUCUACCUUUGAAUGGAUAUUCAAAGGCCAUCGAAGCACAGAAACCAAGUUUAGUUGUUUCGCGAAUCGUGAGAUCAUGUUUUCCGUCAUCACUGAAGUUGAACUGCGAAAUAAAUACGGCUAAGGACAAGUCUAAUCUUCUAUGGCGAUUGGGUAAAGAUGGUGAGAAUGAUGAUGAGAGAGUGAAAGAUGGACAAGAAAUUAUUGACACUAUUAUCGAACAUGCUCAUGUAAUUAAGAACCAUGACCACAUGUCACUUGCAAGCUACCGUGAAAGCAUGUACCAGGUUAACAAGGCUAUUUAUGAUUGUAAUCGCCGCAAUAACAUGAAACAUGAAAAAACCACCAUAAAGGCAAAUUGUUUCGACGCGUUGACUGAUGAUCUACUUGAUGAUGUUACUCUGGACGCAGACAAGAUCGAAAGUAAAACAAGCAACGAAGUACAUGAAACUGACAAGAAUCAAGAACAAGAUGAUUCAAACUUUCUUAAUGAUAUCGUCAAAGACUCGGUUGUUUUCAUGUUUAAUUGAUCAUUUUUUCUCUCGCAUACAUGUUUCUUUUGUUUUCAUUUUGUUUUCAUUUUGUUUUCAUUUAGUUUUCAUUUUGUUUUCAUUUUGUCUUCAUUUUGUUUUCAUUUUUUUUUCGUUGUCGUUUUGCUAAUAUUUUCAUGACACUUAUCAUGAUUACUUUAUUUUGAUUAAUUUUCAUUACGUUUUGAAUUCAUUAAUAAAUCAUUUAUUCAGAUAUUUACUUGGCGCUCAUUAUAUUUACUGCAUUUCUCAUGUUCCAUGCAUUUUCAUACACGAAUGUACAUUUUGAUACGUUUCAUGUGCAUUUUCAAGCUCUUCGCUAUUUUUGCGCCUUAUCUGACAAUUUCCGAUAGCAUUCGUUGCUUGGCGU